AUGGCAGAACGAAAACGACGUGUGCGGUUUGCAAUCGAGUUCCCCGGUUCUUCGGAAAAGAAAACUGCGAUUCAACAGAAGUUAUCCAGUGUGAAGUCAAAACUCAUGGCAACCCGUAAAGAAGCCGAGAAAACUUUUACUAACUACGAUGUCUUAGACGAAAUUCUUGAUUGUUGGUUGGUUAAUAAUCAAUCAUACAACCAAAGUUCAUCUAAUGCUCAUCCUUCUGUGUCUCUUGCAGCAGUUUACCGCAUUGACCUUGUGGCAGAAGGAGUCAAUACCGCUUUUCAAGAGGGAAAAUAUAAUGACACAUUUAAGCGGAUUAACAAGAGAUUUGACGCAUCAUCAUUGGUUAAAAACACUGUAACGAGUGAAGCUGAAGCUGACAGCAGUGUCAGUACUGGACAGCUAGCUGCAGGGGCACCACCGAGAACUGCUGUGUCUAAUAUUGCCAGACUUAUGGCAAGAAAGAAUGCUAAAACUGACCAAACUAUCAUCCCACAAGAUUCAUUGGCUGUGAACUCAUCCAACCUUGUCAGGUCAUCGUCCCAUCUUAACCAGAAAAUAACCCCUACAAAAGCCGCUUUGAAUGUCCAGGGUGUUGUGGAUGGGACUAAAACUGCAAUUCCUGUGACUAGUGCUUCAUCGCAGUCUUCAAGCAAUUUGAAAUCUACGUCAGAAAAAUACAGCUCAGGGAAAUCUAAGUACAGCUGGACUGCCUCUCAGUCACCGGUGAAAAAAGUUGCCGGAUCACAAACUCCCCUUUUAGAUGCUUCUACACAACAGAUUAACUCGCCGAGUACUAGCACAUUAUUUGAACCCAGUAAAACAUCAACUCCAGGACUUGUAGUAAAGUCUCGAUACAAGCUAAAAAGAGUUAAAAGUUCCAGAAGUCAUAAAACAAUUGCUGCUAAUCCAACUUCAAAAGCAGGAACCUCUCAACCAAUCGUCCAAAAAACCUUAGCGUAUAGAACUCAAUAUAAAUUUGUACGUAAGAAAAAUAGUUCAAGCGGUAAAGAAGUUGCUGUAGAUGCCUCUCCUGCCGUUGUCACUAGAUACAAAUACACAAAAAAAUCACUAGUGAACAGUUAUACAAAGAAAACUGCAAAAUCCAAAUUACCAGUUAGAUCGCAACUCAAACUUAAUCGUAAAACACAUGGCAAUAACAUUUAUCCUUUCAUGAAGGCAUCCAGUAAAAUAUGCAAAUAUUCUCACCGUGGUUGGAUUUCAAGAUACUCCUUGAAAAAAGGAAGUGCAAUGAAUGUUGUACAAAGUUUCCCUAUGCUGAAAAGAACCAAGUACAGUCUGACCAGAACAGACAACUCAACAAAACAACAAAGCACAUACGACUCGUCUAAGAAUAUACCUGCCAGGUGUAAACUUAAACUUGAUAGGAGAGUUAGAAAAAGUCCCAGCAGUAUAAAACUGGUGUCUAUCGGAGGUGUCAUCUAUCAGAGCAGUUCAAAGAAGCUUGCCAGAGCUGCUACUGCAACACCGAAGCAUGGCGUUCAAGAUGAUAGGGUGAUUGUUAAAAAGACUAGAACUAAGCUGGUUAAGCAAGCUGCUCAAGCACAUAAAGUUAUAGUGAAUGUCCUUGGUCAUCGUUUCAUCAUGGAUCCCUCCGGACGUACACUAAAAAGAGACCAAGGUGAGGAGAGAAGUAAACAGUUGGUUACAGUGCCCUCUGGUGAUAAAGGGUUGUCCAGAGUGGACAUCGGUGGGAUCACUUUUGUACAGACGACACCUGGCACGCUGGUCAGAAAGGAUAAUGAGCACACCAAGGCAAUAGCACAUCGUGUUUUACAGCGGAGUAUUCAGACAUCCAAUGCUAUGAAAUGGAAGAAAAGUAAACCUAAGCAAUUUUGUAUGUUUUAUAAUCGAUUCGGAAAAUGUAACCGCGGCAACAAAUGUCCGUACAUACAUGACCCAGACAAAGUUGCUGUUUGUACGAGAUUUCUACGUGGUACGUGCAAGGAUGGUGCGAGCUGUCAGUUCUCUCACAAAGUGUCAAAAGAUAAGAUGCCAGUUUGCUCUUUUUUCUUGCGUGGUGUUUGUAAUCGAGAUGACUGUCCAUACUUACAUGUUAAUGUGAGUCGUAAGGCGGCAGUGUGCCAGGAUUUUCUGAAAGGCUAUUGUCCACAGGGGCAAAAGUGUAAGGAACGACAUAUUCUAGAAUGUCCAGAAUUCUCUCGGACCGGCCGCUGCCCCGAUGGGGAUAAAUGUAAAAUGGCCCACAGGAUGCGAAAACGGAAAACAGCAACUGUAGAUGAAGGUCCUUGCAAGAAGAAGUCAAGCCAUGCUCAAACCGCUCGUACUACCAAUUUAGUCGCGGAAAAGAAGAGAAGAAUGGGAGAUAAAUAUGAUGAAGAGGAUGUUGAAGAUGAUGUGGUGUCACCGAAGAAAACCAGAAAGUUGCCUUCUUUUAUAGCCUUACCCGAUGAUGAUACUCCUAAACUAGACAAAAAGAAAUCAGAACACAGCACAAUUAAUGCGCAAGAGUCGCUACAUAUCAGGCCCCGAUUUAUACUUCACAAGAAUGCAGAUGAAAAACAAUAACCUUCAACAGAAGAUACUAAAAUUACAACCGCAAUAUGGUGUUUAUUUUGAUAAUUUUCCAGUAAUUAUCCUAAAAAACAAUGACAAUUGUGAUUUGGCAAAAAAAGUUCAAAUGGCAAGUUCCAUUUAAAAAAAAAUGUGAUAUUUGUCACACAUUAAUUUACAUAAAAAAACAGGUAAGUAUAACUUUUAUGAAAUACAGCUUUAUUCUUGUAUUUUUUUGUUGUAAUGUAAUUUUUACUAUUUUAACUUAUGGUUAACUCAUGGAAAUUGUGUACAACAUUUUGAGAUAAACCUUGUUAAACA